CAAAGGGGCGAGCGGGGCAGUUGGAAACGAAGCUUCGAGAAGAUACAGCCAAGGGAGGGCCCAUUCCAUUUCGCUCCAAGGUUCACCUGAUAGGUUACACAACGUGUGCGGUUGCCGGCUACGCAAAGUCCGCGUUCGCUUCUCACAUUUGUCGCACACGUUAUUCGAAAGAACUUGCACACAAUGUCCGUCGCUGCAGCAGCCAAGAGGUUAAUUCCUCUGUUUGACCGAGUACUUAUACAAAGGGCAGAAGCCGUUACUAAAACAAAGGGUGGCAUUGUACUCCCAGAAAAAGCUCAGGCUAAAGUGUUAAAAGGCACGGUUGUAGCGGUCGGUCCUGGUUCCAGGAACAAUAAUGGAGACCAUGUUCCUUUGAGUAUCAAAGUCGGCGACACUGUCCUGCUGCCCGAAUACGGUGGCACAAAAGUAGAACUCGAAGAGAACAAGGAGUAUCAUCUAUUCCGUGAAACUGAUAUCCUUGCCAAAUUGGAAUCUUAAUUUUAUUUUCAAUUCCGAUCUUCAGAAAAUGCCACAAACUCAACGGUCAAUUCAGGACGUACCAAAUCUCAGUGUGUGACAUACACUAACGAACACAGCCGACAUCAGUGUUGAUAAUUUGAAGCUAAUAAUUGUUAAUUAGAAUUAAUUCAAAGUUUUGUUUAUUUCUGUAUAAGUCUGCUAGCGUGUAGGUCAUAGAUGUCAUUAUUUCAUACACAACUGUUAGUGACAAAUAAAAUUAUUUGUUCAACAUUCA